GCUCCAUCAUCACCCGCGGAAGUUUGUACAGAGGGAAUCACAGUACUGUCAGUUAUUUUAAAAAGAUACAUUUCUCGGCACAAAUCCUGUUGGUCCGCGUGUUGACUCGAAAACGAAGACGAAAAAGAAAAUGAAUUUUAAAAGGAUCAAUUUUGCGUCGACAACAACAAUGCUCGCAUGAAGCGCUAGCACCUGACAGCUAAUAGUAUUGUGCAGCUCGUUGUUAAUGCAGUUUAUUUUUAUCGGUCGCUUGAUAAACAGCAUAGAAAAGGAUAAAAAAACGAUUUGAGCUGGAGUUUAGCAGCUGGCCUGCUUUUAGGCUACAGUUGGUGUCAGUAGUGUUUUAUACUGACAGCUGUGUUUAUUUUUGUUUUGAUUAGCAUGCUAAGCUAGUCUGCAGCGCGAGCUGGCUUUCAUCAUUUUGGACAUCAAAUCCACAGCAACCUUCAUACAUCAUCAUCAUAGUCUCAUCUUCACACAACAAGGACUGAAACACAACAGAGGUUCAUCAUGCUGGGAGAUUGUGGAAUGAAAGAAUGGGAGAGACUAGCGCUCAGGAAGAACUCUGUCACAAUUAUGCAGGACUUAGUGGUGGAUGAUCUGCUGAUCCAGCAUCUCCAACAAGAUGGAAUCCUUACUGAAAACAUGGCAGAAACCAUUAUGGCUAAACCAACAUCCCAGGGCAAGAGUCGUCAGUUGUUGCUUCUUUUGCCUAAACGUGGCCCUCGAGCUUUUAGCAGUUUCUGUGCUGCUCUUAUGGCGACAGAGCAACAGCACCUCAGCAGGCUGCUCAUGGACUUCACAGAGAAAGACAAAAGCUUUUCAGAGCCUUCGCUGUCUCUUCCAACUCAGGAAUGUGUUAUACCUGCGAAAAGAGCCCGGACUCAUGAGUCCAUGGAAAUGUGUUUGGAUGCUGACUCUCCUGUGACCACAGCUGUUCUUCCCUGCACACCGGAGUUUUACCAGUCCCAUAGAUCACAGGCUUACCCGAUGCGCUCCUGCCCGCGAGGACUGGCCCUGGUACUAAGUAAUGUGAGGUUUGACUCAGCUAACACUGAUUUAGACGUCCGGAGGGGGGGGGAGGUGGAUGAGGAGACGCUGAGGAGACUUUUUAUGGAGCUGGAUUUCACAGUCAGCCUGCACAAAGACCUAACGGCAGAGGCAAUGCGCAGGUGCCUAGAAGAGUUUGCCCAGCGACAGGAGCAUGCAGAGUAUGACUGUACUGUUGUGUGUUUACUGUCACAUGGAGUUGAGGGAUCUGUCUACGGCACUGAUGGACAGCUGCUGGAGUUGGACUGGGUGUUUGAGGUUUUUGAUAACGCCCGCUGCCCUCUGCUCCAGAAUAAGCCAAAGAUGUUCUUUAUUCAAGCUUGUCGAGGAGAGGAGAUGGACAACGGCGUGGACCAGUUGGAUGGUCAGGAACGGACUCAAUCUCCAGGCUGUGAACAGAGGGAUGCUGGCAGAGAGGGGGAGAGAGACGACAAAGAGAGAGAGGAGAAAGACAGGGAGAGACUAAGGGUCAAACUCCCUCAGAGAUCCGACAUGAUUUGCGGCUUUGCCACCCUCAAAGGUUUCAGCACUGCUGCAAUGAGAAACACCAAAAAAGGGUCCUGGUUCAUUCAGGAACUGAACAGCUCUAUCAGACAGAGAGCCAACGACACACACAUGGCAGACAUACUUGUGCAGGUGAAUGGUCGAAUUAAAAGCAGAGAGGGAUACGCACCUGGUUCAGCCCAUCAUCGCUGUAAAGAGAUGUCAGAGUUUACCAGUUCCCUCUGUAAAGACCUCUACCUCUUCCCUAAGUACUACCCCAACAACUAGACACACGCGCACACUCCCCAGGCACGAAGCACACGCAGAACACACUGCCCUCAGAACUGAUGCAGUAGCGGGAGCUCAGCGCACGUGUGUACAUCCAUCACCUGCUGUGCGCUCGGCACACAACGCACGGAGUCAUGUAAAUCUACUUACACCCAUUCCAUGUGUCAUCUGUUUCACAUUCCUCUGCACAAUGACAGGCUGAUUUGGAUGCAUGUGUGCAUUAUUUACAAUGGAUUUGCCAUGAUAGAUCAGUUUUUAGAUCAGAGGGUUUUUUUUGCCUUUUUUGCGGUUAUUUUAACCAAUGAAAUUGCUAAGGAAAGAGUAAAGACGUCAUUUGUGAGUAUAUGUGAAAAAAUCCAGUUUUAUAGGGAGAGAUUUGUGUUAAAAAUAAGCCGGAAAAUUAAAUAUAUUUUUUUAUAUUCCAAUUUUUUUUUUAAUUCAACAGCUGUACAAAAGUUGCCACAGAAUUACCCUUUUUUAACCAAAGCCAACAUUUUAUUAGUGUUUUGUUUUAUCAGAUUUAUUUUUGUUAUUUGUUUUCAAUUUUCUUUGUAUAGUUUUUUUUCCUCAGUAAUUCAUGUUUUGUAAUUGUGGAGCCUUUUUAUAGCCAAACCGUAAACUUGUUGGUACAUUCAGAGCAGCUUAUUGACAUACCCUCUGGAUCUGUCACACAUACAUGGUUGUAUGCAUAGAAGUGCAUACUAACAUUGUGCCAGUACCAUACAAAACUCCUCCGUACAAUUUCACUCAAUAGAUUGGAGCAGAACAGAUCUGCUCUUACUAUCUCAUAGGUUUCCUCAGUGCAGCUUUACAUGCAUUGUAUCAACAUCAGUACAACUGUUUUCUGUAAGUACUGUGGCAUGACAUCUGUUAAUUUUCUCCAGUUAUCCUGUAUGCACCAUGGCAGCUUUUUUGAACUCUGAUAGGGCUUCCUGUCUCAGAGUUAAGGUUAAACUGUUUCGAAUUUAUGGUUGGUAUAUAAUAGGUAACUAAGAUGCAUGUCACUAAAUCAUUCUGUGGAUAAUUGUCCAAUUCCAAAACUUCCAGAUUCCAGUUGCAUUCCACAUGGUGUUUCCGCUCGUUUUUCAAACAAAGUAUUGUCAAAAUGAAAUGUAUAUAUACUUCUAAAAUGGUUUGUAAUUAUGCCUGUACAUAUGCGUAUUUCUCUUAAUCUUGCACGUUAGUUUUCACUUCAGACAUUCUGUGUGCCAACGAAUGCACAUUAUGGAGACUGAAAUUAAGCUGUCUUAAAACAAAAAGCCUGCAGGUGGCAGUAAAGGGCUUUUGCACUUUAUCAGCUCACCUUGUUGUCCUUUAGAGGUUCCAGGGUUUAGACACAGUCUUCCUGUUCUGCACACACAACAUUAUUCCUCCUGGGAAUGUAGAGUGUAAAUUUGAGUGUGCUGUUUUCCAUCGGUGUAUGUGUCUUCCUGAUCUGGUAGGCAUGACCUUUAGGUUAAUGGUUACAACCUUUGAUCUUUUGACACUGCCAUGGCAUCCCUCUCAAACCCUCUUUCACACUCACAUUUCACACUCAUCACCUUUAGCAUAGGUUACCAUGAUUUUAUUUUUACUGUUUUAGCAGGCAAAAUGUUUGAUGUAGAUUUACACUGUUCAUACUGGUGUUGCUUUCUAGCAACUGUUGCUUUCUUGGGUUUUAUAUAGGUAUUUUAACUAAUAAGCUUCUUUAAACUGGCAGAAUAACGUGGGCAUACACACUCACAUUCAAAAGUUUAGGAUCAGUAAGAUUUUUUUUUUUUUUUUUUUUUUUU